AUGGCCAAGGACCUCCUCACACCCAAGACCAACUACGGCGACUGGCGUGAUUUCUUCUUUGAGCAUGGCUAUGUUAUCCUGAAGAACGCCAUUUCUGCUGAGCGAGCCGAGCACUUCAAGACAAAGCAGAUCGAAUGGCUCAAGUCGUUCAGCCGGGGAUUUGACCCUGAUAACGAAGACACAUGGACUUCUGAGCACCUCCCCGUGUCCUUCAAGGGCGGCAUGUAUGGGUCCUACUGCGCCCCGCAUGAAAGAUUUGCGUGGGAAACAAGAAUGGAGCCUGGAGUAAUUAACCCAUUCAUUCAAAUUUGGGAGACGGAUGAGCUGCUUAGCAGUUUUGAUAUGUUCAACAUUACUCUCCCCCGUCAAAGGGACUUAAAAUGGUCACCGUGGCCUCAUUGCGACCAAGAUCCCAAGCGCAAAGGACUACAGUGCGUCCAAGGCCUGGUCAACUUUGCGCCCAACGGCGACAAUGACGGCGGUCUCAUUGUGAUGGAUGGCUCAGCCAAGCUCUUCGACCAGUUCUUCCAGGAAACCAGAGUCAUGGCGAACCACGAGGACGCCCCACCACCAGAGGAGAACUACCGCGACCUUUUUAUCUUCAAGGAGGAGGACGUUGCAUGGUUCGAGAAGCGCGGAUGCAAGCUUCUCAAGCCAAACCUGGACCCUGGUGACAUGGUCCUGUGGGAUUCUAGAACUAUGCACUAUGCCAAGCACCCCGAGGGCACUCAGAUUCGUCACGCCCAAUAUGUGUGCUUUACCCCAGCAAAGUUCGCGGACCCCCAGAGCCUGAAGGAGAAGGCGGAUAUCUUCCGGGAGUGGGGGGGCACGACGCACUGGCCGCACACUAACAUCCACCCCCAAGGCAAGGCAAAGAGGAAUGGAGUGGUUGACCCGCAAGAGCGUGAUGAACCUUUGGAGAAGCCUGUGAUCACAGACAGGUUGUUGCAGCUGGCGGCUGUUAAGGCGUAUUGA